AUUUAAGAUAUAUGUAAACAUGGCAUCUCUCUCUCAUUUACCCUUAGCGUCCACAGUCAAUAUCUCUUCCAACUCCACCAUUCCCUCUUCUUUCUUAUAUCCAUUCUCUCCAAAGCAACACCAAUCCUCUAAAUAUAGAAAAUCUAAACCCCAUGACAUUCCUAGGGUUGCAUGCAGUGGUAACCAAAACAACUCAAAACCAUCUGAAGGAGAACUACAACAAAAUCUUGUAGGACAUAGGAGGAACAUUCUGAUUGGCCUAGGAGGGUUAUGUGGUGCUGUUACUCUUAAUAACAACCCUUUUGCCUUUGCUUCUCCAGUGUUACCUCCGGAUCUAACCACAUGCGGUCCACCAGAUCUACCCUCAGGUGCAAAACCCACCAAUUGUUGUCCACCAUCUUCCACAAUCAUAGAUUUCAAGUUCCCUUCUUCGAACCAACCUUUGAGGGUAAGACCAGCCGCACAUUUGGUCAAUGAUGACUAUCUAGCCAAAUACAAAAAAGCCCUUGACCUCAUGAAAAACCUUCCAUCUGAUGAUCCGCGUAGUUUCACACAACAAGCAAAUGUCCAUUGUGCUUAUUGUGAUGGUGCCUAUCACCAAGUUGGGUUCCCUGACCUUGAUCUUCAAGUCCACAGCUCUUGGCUCUUCUUUCCUUUCCACCGAUGGUAUCUCUAUUUCUAUGAGAGAAUCUUAGGGAGCUUGAUAAAUGACCCAACCUUUGCCCUACCAUUUUGGAAUUGGGAUGCUCCCAAGGGCAUGCAAAUUCCUUCCAUUUAUACAGAUCCUAAAUCACCCCUUUAUGACACACUUCGCAGUGCUAAUCAUCAACCACCAACGCUUGUAGACCUUGAUUUCAGUUUCGAUGAUCCUAACACCAAAGGUAACAUACCCUCCAAUCUUACUAUAAUGUAUAGGCAAGUUGUGUCUAAUGGAAAAAUUCCAAGAUUGUUCCUUGGCAGCGCUUAUCGUGCUGGGGAUGAUCCUGACCCUGGUGCUGGCUCAGUGGAGAACGUUCCACAUGGUCCUGUUCAUGGAUGGACUGGUGACAAUAACCAACCUAACUAUGAGAAUAUGGGGACUUUCUAUUCGGCUGCAAGAGACCCCAUUUUCUAUUCUCACCAUUCGAACAUUGAUAGGAUGUGGUCCAUAUGGAAAACACUUGGUGGAAAGAGAAAGGAUUUCACUGACCCAGAUUGGUUAGAGUCUGGGUUGCUAUUCUAUGAUGAGAAUAAGAACCUUGUGCGUGUGAAAGUCAAGGAUUGCCUUGACACAAGAAACCUUAGGUAUGUUUACCAGGACGUAGACAUUCCAUGGCUAAAAGCUAAGCCCACACCGCGUAGGCCAAGGGUUCAAAAGGUAGCACUUGGACAACAUUUUGGUGUUGGUGCAGCACAAGCUGCUGAGACUUCAAGGAGUGUUAAGUUUCCAUUGGUUUUGGAUUCAAUUGUGAGUACUGAGGUGAAGAGGCCUAAGAAGUCGAGGAACAAGAAGGAAAAGGAAGAGGAGGAGGAAGUUUUGGUGAUUGAAGGGAUUGAGUUUGAGAGGAACAUACCUCUGAAGUUUGAUGUGUUUAUUAAUGAUGAAGAUGAUAAGCUGGUUCGACCAGAUAAUACUGAGUUUGCAGGAAGCUAUGUGAAUGUGCCUCAUUCACAUAAGCACAAAAAUAAGAAGAUCAAUACUUGUUUGAGGCUAGGAUUGACAGAUUUGUUGGAGGAAUUAGGAGCAGACGAUGAUGAUAGUGUAGUGGUGACUUUGGUUCCCAAAUACGGGAAAGGACUAGUCACUAUCAAAGGCAUCAAGAUAGAGCUUCUUGCUGAUUAAAAAUCUGUUUCAACGAAUGGUGUGUGUUGUGGAUAAUCUAUCAUUCCUCAAAGCUAGCAUUUCCGAUGAUAUGGGUGGGUCACUAGGACAGAGAUUUACUUUAUUUCUUAUAAAUCACAAAUACGAAACUUGUGUUAAAAUAGACUAUAUAUGCUUUUGUUAAUUUGUUGGUAUAUCCUAUAUGAAAAAUAAUUGGUAAAUAAAAUAAUAUUGUUUUCAGAUUCUUACUCCAAAAAAAAUGCUUUUCUAUUUUUAAGUGUGCUUUUCUAAAACAUUAAAUUGUAUAUUGAUCGAAUAAAUUUGUGAAUGCAACUAUAUAUUUUUUAUUGGUGUAAAAUAAUAUCUCCCUAAUAAUCCUGAUGGAUGAUGUGGCCGCUAGUGCACCCAGUCGUCGAUAAUAAAGAAAAGUAUAAUAUGUACAUAGAUUGCACUGUUAAAUAUUAAUUAUUGAUAAUUUAAUUUAAAGGAUUAAAAUUAAUAGUGAGGAAAUAAAAAUGUGAAAAAAUAAUGAGAAAGCUAAUUUUGAGAGAGAAAUCAAAACUGAAAAUAAUUUCUAGAACUUUGAGUUCAUUGCAAUUU